AUGUCUGCUCCUGUUUCCAACAAUCCUCCCCAAUCGGAGUCCAAGUCAGCCAAGAAGAAGCGUAGCAAAGGCGAGAGCUCUUCCAGCGCCUCCGCUGCUGUUGCAGAUACCUCAAAUCCAGGAACCGCCGCUGCGGAAACAGCAACAAAUGUCGUGACUGGUGGUACCCAUGAGCCUGCCUUUCUGAAAGAGCUGUACAAGAGCCUCCGGAAUGCAGUUAAAAAACUUAAUGCUACCUCCAAAGUUGAUGCUAUCGUUGCUGAAAACCCAAGCAAAUCCCUUGAUGACUUGGUUGCUGACAAGAAGAUCAAUGCAGACCAGAAGGCCCAGAUUUUAAAGAAACCUGGCCUUCAAGCAGCAGUGUCCCAGAUUGAGGAACAGAUAAAUCAGUACAAAAUAUAUGGACAAUACUAUGAAGACCGCCUCAUUAACCAGAAAGCAGACCUAGAAAAGGCUCACAAGGGUGAUCUGGAUGCUCUCAAAGCAAAAGUCGUAGCGGAAACAUUGGCUUCCGCUGAGAAGGAAUUCAGAGAAAGAUUGCUGGUGCUUAGCCGCUUUUUACGCGCUGCUGCUGCUAUGAGACGCUCUGGCGAUGAGACUUCCAACGACAGCCGUGCCUUUGAAGGUGCGCUGUUCCAGGUUUAUGGAGGAACUGAGGAAGCUGUCAAUGCUAUGCUUAAACUGAUUGAUGGCGCGGAAGACACUGUUCCAAGUGUUGAUGCUGAGCCACUUGAUGUUCCUUACUCGAGGGUUAAGCAAGCAUCUCUUGACUAUGUUCCCCCUGCUGUUGACGCAUGGACUGAGGAAGCCCAGGCCACUGAGUCAGCAUCUAGCGCUGAGGCCAAUGUUUCCAGCGACCCUACCUUAGUCAACGCUGGUUUGACCGAGCUACAUAAUCCUUCCUUGUCCGCCCCACAACGCCCAACCACCAAUGGCUUCCCAGCCUCCGGAAACCCUCAACACCAAGAAAUUUCGUCUGUUCCUAUGCAAUCUAUCGUUGGUAACGACUCUGCAAACGCCGUAGCUCAAAUGAGAUGGGAUAACCAAGGAUCAAACUUGUCUGCCUCUACCGCUGCUGAUGGUUGGAUCGAAGUCAAGAAGGCUGACGUGGAAGGCACCACGACGCAAAAUGCACUACCACCAACUUCUGGUAGCUGGGCGGAGGAUAUUCCGGCCGUAGCCUCCAUAGACGGAACAAGUCCAGAACCAAAUGACGGCUUCAAGCCAGUUGUUAGCCACCAUACCCGGCAAAACAGCGGACGCGGCAGAGGUUUCCGCGGUCGUGGACCUCGUGGUGAGGGAUUCCGUGGACGUGGAGGUUUCCGUGGUGACCGGGGCGAAUAUCGUGGCCGCGGUCGUGGUCGUGGUGGAGAAUACCGUGGUCGUGGUCGUGGCGGGUAUGGUAACAACAGCCAAAUUCAACCGGCACCCCAUGCUGCGGAGCACAUGGCAUAA